AAGAUGCGCACGUACGACGAUUCGUUCUCGGGCCAGAGAAUCUACCCUGGAAAGGGUAAGCUCUACGUUCGUGGUGACAGCAAGAUCUUCCGUUUCCAGAACGGCAAGUCCGAGUCCCUCUUCCUCCAGCGCAAGAACCCCCGCCGCAUCUCGUGGACCGUUCUGUACCGCCGCCAACACCGCAAGGGUAUCUCUGAGGAGGUCGCCAAGAAGCGCACCCGCCGCACCGUCAAGGCCCAGCGUGCCAUCGUCGGUGCCUCCCUCGAUGUGAUCAAGGAGAAGCGCUCCAUGCGCCCCGAGGCCCGCUCCGCCGCCCGCGCCGCGGCCAUCAAGGAGUCCAAGGACAAGAAGGCCGAGGCCAACGCCGCCAAGAAGGCCGACAAGGCCAAGAACGCCGCCGCCGGCAAGGGCCAGACCGGCCGCAUCGUCGGCAAGCAGGGCGCCAAGGGCUCCGCCCCCAAGGUCAAGGCCACCACCCGCUAA